AUGAGUUUCGAAGAAGACGUCUCAACUAUCCUCGCCACCCUUAGAUUAGAGUCAAACGAUGAACUUACAGGGCUUUAUUACUCUUUCGAAGACCUUUACGAGAGAAAGUUGUGGCAUCAGUUAACCGCUGCCCUUGAUGAAUUCUAUCAUGAUUCCACCUCCUCAGGUAUACGUCUUCGUGUCUUCAAUAACUUCAUCAUGAAAUUCUACAAGAAAAUCAAUCAAUUGAAAUUUGUAGAAUUCUUGUUGUUGUCAGUCGACGAAAUCUCCGAUAACCUCGAAAAAGUCGAAUUCUUGUCAUCGAUCGACGCCAAAAUCAUCAAGGACUUGCCUUCUGAAGAAUCAAAAUCAAGCUUCAAUUUGGGCCUCCACGAAUCUUAUAACCAAACAGAUGACAAGGUCCAAGCUCAUAUCUAUUUACAAGUGGCAAUUGCCAAAGUCUCUCUUUACCUCUCAAAGUUUGAAGAUGCCCGCAAGAUUUUAGAUGACUGUUCUGCCAAAAUCGACGAACUCAAUAUCAUCGGCUCGCAAAUCACUUCUGCUUACUAUUCUACCAACGCAGAAUUCUACAAAUUAAAGUCUGAUUACAAUAAUUAUUACCGUAACUCUCUUUUAUAUUUAUCAUCGAUCGAUAAAGAAUAUCUUGCCACCAAAGUCUCCACCAUUGAAAAGACCAGAACUGCCUACGAACUUGGUAUUGCCGCAUUGCUCGGUGAUGAUAUCUAUAAUUUCGGGGAAUUAUUGUUGCAUGACAUUCUAAACUUCCUUGACGACGCCUCCGGUUACACCUGGCUCAAAGAAUUAUUAUUCACCCUCGACCAUGGUGAUCUAGCGAACUUCCAAACAAUGUUGCCAACAAUCGAAGUAAAGUCUCCGCUUUUAUAUUCAAAUAUUCAUUUCUUGAAACAAAAGAUUUGUUUGAUGUCACUCACCGAAGCCAUCUUUGAAAAACCAAAUGGGAAGCGUAUUUUGACAUUCCAAGAAAUCGCCACUAAUACUUUAACUGACACCAAUGACGUGGAAUUCCUCGUAAUGCGUGCCCUUAGUUUGGGGUUGAUUAAGGGGUUCAUUGAUCAAAUCAAGCAAACCGUUACUGUAAGUUGGGUCCAGCCUAGAAUUAUGAACAGGGACCAAAUCACUUCAAUGAAGACAAAGUUGGAAAACUGGAGUAGUAACGUUAACAAGUUGAGUGGGUUUGUGGAAGUCAACGGUGAAGGUAUUUGGUCUGAAGCUUGA